AUGCUCCUUCUUAUCGGGGUAAUUUUACUUGGUUUAUUCAUGUGUGAUCUCACUGCUUAUCGAAAACAAAAGAGACAUUCUCCACAUAAACCAUUGGACAAAGAAGGUGGUGAUUAUUUCUCCAUAACAAGUUUUGAUGGAGGAGUAGUGUAUGAUGACAUCUUGAAAGCAACGAACAAUUUUGAUGAAGCAUACUCCAUUGGGACUGGAGGAUAUGCAUUAACGAAUAUAAGGCAUCGAAACAUAGUGAAACUCUGUGGAUACUGCUCACAUGCCCGCCACUCAUUUUUGAUUUAUGAAUACCUUGAAAAGGGAAGCCUUGGAUCAAUCUUAUGCAAUGAGAUCUUAGCAAAAGAAUUGGAUUGGUUGAAAAGGGUAAGUAUUGUAAAGGUUGUUGCUAAUGGUUUGGCUUAUAUGCAUCACGACUGCACACCUCCUAUAAUUCAUAGAGACGUUUGGAUUGCCAACAUCCUUCUUGAUUUUGAUUAUGAGUAUUAG